CACACGUAUGAACACCAACUUCGCACUCUAACAAACACCUCCCAGCUAUUCUUAUUUUAGGGUUCUUCUUCAUUUCAAAAAAUUCUCUAUUUAUCAAUCAAUCGGCUUAUAUAAGCUUAAUGCAGCUCUACUGCUGACUACUGAUUUCACUUUCUUCAAAUUCCUCCGAAAAAACUGUCUUUCAAUGGCUUCCUUCGACAGUAAAAAACUCAUUAACAACCCUAACGAUGUGGUGACGGAGUUCAUCGAGGGACUUGUAGAAACUUAUCCUGGGUUGCAGUAUCUGGAUGGAUUUCCAGAGGUUAAAGUUGUCAUACGUGCAGAUGUUACAGGUUCAACAUAUGACAAGGUUGCAGUUAUAUCAGGAGGUGGGAGUGGGCAUGAACCUGCACAUGCUGGAUUUGUAGGGGACGGGAUGCUGACAGCAGCUAUUUGUGGCGAUGUUUUUACCUCACCGCCUGUCGCUUCAAUCCUUGCUGGUAUACGAGCUGUGACCGGGCCAAUGGGAUGCCUCCUAAUUGUCAAGAACUACACUGGGGACAGAUUAAAUUUUGGAUUAGCAGCCGAGGAAGCUAAAUCUGAAGGUUACAAAGUAGAGAUGGUAAUUGUUGGAGAUGAUUGUGCUUUGCCACCCCCACGAGGCAUAUCUGGGAGAAGAGGAUUGGCUGGAACCAUUCUCGUUCAUAAGAUUGCAGGAGCAGCAGCAGCUUCUGGUCUUUCUCUUUCUGACGUUGCUGCUGAAGCAAGGCAUGCAUGUGAAAUUGUUGGUACAAUGGGUGUUGCUCUGUCAGUUUGCACACUUCCUGGUCAGCCUAAAUCAGACCGUUUAGGCCCGGGAAAAAUGGAACUUGGUCUUGGAAUACAUGGAGAAGCUGGUGCUGUUGUAGCAGACAUCCAACCUGUGGAUUUAGUGGUAUCGCAUGUGCUGAAUCGAAUACUGUCAGAAGAAACCAAGUAUGUACCAAUUAAACGUGGAAGCCGUGUUGUACUCAUGAUUAAUGGAUUAGGGGCAACACCUGUGAUGGAAUUAAUGAUUGCUGCUGGGAAGGCUGUCCCUAUCUUACAGCUUGAACAUGGACUAGCUGUUGUUAGAGUAUAUACUGGGUCAUUUAUGACUUCUCUUGAUAUGGCAGGGUUUUCAAUAACUAUAAUGAAGGCAGAACAAGCGGUUUUGCAACGCCUGGAUGCUGCAACAAAGGCUCCACAUUGGCCAGUCGGUGUUGAUGGUGAUCACCCGCCUGCCAAGAUUCCUGUUCCAGUUCCACCUUCUCGUACGACAAAGAGUGAUGAGGUAUUGAGUCGGCCACAGCAGCUUAGUCCACAAGGCCGUGCGCUGGAAGUAGCUAUAGAAGCAGCAACACUUGCGAUUAUUGAUCUUAAGGACAGUUUAAAUGACUGGGACAGCAAAGUGGGUGAUGGUGAUUGUGGAUCAACAAUGUCUAGAGGCGCAAUAGCUAUUCAAGAAGACCUAAAGAAAUACUAUCCCCUCAAUGAUGCUGCUGAAACUAUCAAUGAGAUAGGCUCAUCUGUCCGAAGAGUCAUGGGAGGAACAAGUGGAAUCCUAUAUGACAUAUUUUGCAAGGCAGCAUAUGCACGGUUAAAGCUAAAUAAAAACUCAGACAUUACACCACUCCAAUGGGCUGAUGCAUUUGAAGGGGCAAUUGAUGCAGUUAUGCUUUAUGGUGGGGCUGCUGCAGGUUAUCGGACCAUGUUGGAUGCUCUUAUUCCAGCUAAGACAGUUCUCAGAGAGAGGUUGACUAUUGGGGAUGAUCCCUUCGAUGCCUUUGUUGUCUCAUCUGAUGCGGCAAUUGCAGGAGCAGAGUCCACUAAACAUAUGGAGGCUCAGGCUGGGCGUUCAACAUACGUCUCUGCAGAUAUCCUUACAUCAGUUCCUGAUCCAGGUGCCAUGGCUGCAGCUUCAUGGUACCGUGCAGCUGCUCUUGCUUUAAAAGACAAAUCCAAAUCUGGCCCCUAACCAUUUGUAGCCGAGUACAAUUUUGUUGACCAUUUAUGCACAGCAACCAAAUCAACAGGGAGAUCCGCUUAUGCUAUGUGUUGCAUAAAGCCGAGAGAGAGCCAUUUAAACAUAUACAUACAAUUUCUGUAGAGUGAAUUACAUGGUGCAUCUUAAACUUGAUCUUUUAUCAAACUUGUAACCAACUGAUUGUCUGAAACUGCAUAAACUUUAAUGCAAGUCUUCAAGUUCAUCCUUAAA